GGGCGCGGCAUACCCGAUUCGCUCGUUCUGCCGCAGGGGUGGGGGGCUGUCGCGGGAGGAGCCUCCGGCCAAGGCAGUGGGGUUUCUGCCCUGUCGCCGUGGAGCGGGCCGGGUCGUCUCGGCCGCCUGGGUGAGAGGAGCGGCGGGAGACACAUCUCCCGUGGCAGCGGGAUGUGCGCAGUCCCCGGCCCAUUGCUGGGCAGAACAGCCUGCUCCUGCACGCUGGUCUCGCCGGUCCACGAAUUUGCGCCGAUCAGUCUCUGUCAAGAAGCGAUUAAGAUCACAAGUGCAGAUGGUGGCCUCUACCCACCAAGGCCAUUGCCUGUCUGGCUGUGUCUCGGAAAGCAGAAGCGCCCUACGACAGGCGGCGACCACUCCGUGCUGGAGAUUGUUAGCCCCGAGAUCUAUUGGAGGAAGGUAUGGCUGCUUCAGGAAAGGCAGCAGCUUUCCAUUUGCCUCCCCUGCCGACUGUUGGAGAGAUUAUUAAACUCUUCCGCCUUAAAGCACAGAAACAACUUUCCCAGAAUUUUCUACUGGAUUUACGACUGACAGACAAGAUAGUGAAACAAGCUGGUGAGCUCAGAAAUGCCCAUGUCUGUGAAGUGGGUCCUGGGCCAGGAGGAAUUACCAGAUCCAUUCUCAGUGCUGGUGUCGAACAACUCCUUUUAAUUGAAAAAGAUACUCGUUUUAUUCCAGGAUUGCAGAUGCUAUCUGAAGCUGCUCCGGGAAAAGUGCGCAUUGUUCAUGGAGAUAUCCUGACAUACAAGAUGGAGAAGGCUUUCCCAAAGCACUUAAAAAAGAACUGGGAGGAUGAGCCACCAGAUAUACAUAUCAUUGGGAAUCUGCCCUUCAGUGUUUCAACUCCUCUAAUCAUCAAAUGGCUUGAAAAUGUUUCCAAAAAGGAUGGACCUUUUAUUUAUGGCAGGACACAGAUGACAUUGACUUUUCAGAAGGAAGUUGCAGAGAGACUUACAGAUAAUCCAGGAGGCAAACAACGUAGCAGACUCUCCAUAAUGGCUCAGCAUCUCUGCACUGUUGAAAAAUGUUUUGUAAUCCCAGGCCAAGCAUUUGUUCCAAAGCCAGAGGUGGAUGUGGCUGUGGUGCAUUUCACUCCACUGGUGCAACCAAAGAUAGAGCAGCCAUUCAAGCUGGUAGAAAAAGUGGUGCAAAGUGCUUUCCAGUUCCGAAGAAAGUACUGCGUCCGUGGAAUUGCGACCUUGUUUCCUGAAAGUGGACGCUUGGAAAGAACUGAACAACUGAUGAUGACAGCGAAUGUUGAUCCAACUCUGCGUCCUUAUCAGCUUUCCAUGUCACAGUUUAGAAAUCUCUGCAAUACCUACAGGAAAAUGUGUGAUGAAGACCCAAGCCUUUUUGUGUACAAUUACAGAGAAGAGCUAAGGCAAAAGAAGAUGAGGAAGUCACUUGAAAGUACCAGUCAUCCAGAAGAGCCUGAAGAGGAGUAUCAGCUGUAACAGCUGUAAUUGCAGCAGACUGUUUUAUUACUUUUACCUCCUUGAUUCAGUAAUGGAGGCUUACAUAUUCCUACAUUUGUGUAGGUAUGAAAGAAUUACUUUGGAGGAAGUGGUGAAGAGAGAGAAAGGGCUUUCCAAUUUUGCUUAUUCAAAGUGAAAUGACAGUCCAGUUAUAAGGUGCCUACAGGUUUUGUACUUCAGGGAGCUGGCUAGAACACAUACCAAGAACAAGGUAUGUUGAGGGACAUGUAAUUAAGGUGGGAUACUUCUGAAAUAAUGGAGUUUUGUAUGAAUGGAAGUGCAUUAUUGAAACAUAAAAGCUUUUUGUACUUUGACAUGUAAGAUGAUGUUUGGGGUUUUGUGCUCUUCUUACCCUGGAACGUGGUACUGUGCAGAGCAACUGAAAAAAACAAAAGCCAGAACUCUUGCAUAAACAUAAUAAAGUGAGUGGCUUAAAGUAGGAUAAACUGCACAGAUUGCCUCAAGGUCUGCUGAUACUCAUUUAUGCAAAAGCAAAGAAUUUGGGAUUUAAAGCUCCAACUGGAGAAAAGCAGCAUGAUAAAAAGUAGAAAACAUGGCUAAGUACAAUACUUAUUUGUCUUUUACUGUACAGGCUGGUAGAGAAAAUAAAAAGUAAAAUGAAAGAUUAAA